AUGAGGCCUAUCCCGGUGCGACCUCCUAUUGUCCGAAUAGCCAAUGGCACAUUCUACCGCCAUCACCCAAAUGCUCACGUAGCUCACCCAAACCCACCUCUGUUCUCAGAGUUGUCCUUUGAGCUCCCUUCUGACCCGAGUUCACAACACCACUGGGCGGUCCUGGGCCCGUCGUUAUCAGGGAAGACUACAUUUUUGCAGGUCUUGAGAGGCCAACAUCUGAGCAUCCCCGCAACGGCACGGUCGUUCCCCUACUUGGCCACUGAUGCUGUUCCCCAUCGUCUAAGAUCUGCCAACAAGGCGAUCCAAUAUGUCGGCUUCGACUCAGAGAAAUCCGGCGGGGGAUUGGGCCCAGCUACGUCGGCAUAUCUAUCCGCGCGGUACGAGUCACGGCGGGAGAUCACGGACUUCUCACUCAAGGACUACCUGACAGGAAAUACGGAACUCAACCCGUUCUCCACUCCUGAUGAGGAGGCUACCAUCAGCCCCGAGCUUUUGGAGAGGAUCACAACCGAUCUGAAGCUCCAGCCGCUGUUGGACCUUCCCGUGGCAUUCCUGUCGAACGGCCAGGGCAGAAGGGCACGCAUCGCGAGGGCAUUGCUCACCAGGCCUGAAGUCCUGUUGCUCGAUGAGCCACUGAUGGGGCUCGAUCCGCCCACGGUAGCAUCGCUGAACCCCUUGUUGAAAUCGAUGGCUGCGAAGGCUUCUCCGAGGCUCGUUUUGAGCGCUAGGCCACAGGACCCUUUACCUGACUGGAUCACACAUCUGGUGUACCUAAGAAGCGACUGCCAAAUUGGGGUAAUGGGUGACCGGGAGACCGUCAUAGAAGGGUUGCGCAAGUAUAUGCGAGGCGUCCGAAAGGGCGCCUUGGCCGAGGAUGAAAAGAUGCCGCUGAAGGCUCUAAGAGACAUGGGUCAUACCUUAACCGAGAGUGGCAUCACUGGCUCCGGCUUGGGUGAAGAAGGCGAGACGUUUGCCAGUGCGGAUGUGCCUCAAUCAGCCGAAAAGGAAAGCCCCAGACUACUAGGAGAGCCGGUGGUGGAGAUGGAAAGCUGCCAGGUGAAAUACGGAGACAAAAUCGUCCUUGGCAACUGGGCAGUAGAAGAGAAUGGCGAAUCAGUCAAGGGACUGUCCUGGACCGUUCGACGAGGUGAGAGAUGGGGAGUGUUCGGCCCCAACGGUUCUGGGAAGACGACCAUCGUGUCUCUGCUUUGUUCAGAUCACCCUCAGACAUACUCCUUGCCGAUCAAGCUGUUCGGUCGCAGCCGCCUGCCAGAGCCCGGCUCCGGACAACUGCCCUUGACCUUUUGGGAUAUACAGCGACGAGUGGGGCAUUCCAGCCCAGAGGUCCAUCAACAUAUUCCAAAACGACUGACGAUCCGACAAAUCAUAGAAAACGCUUGGGCUGACACCUUCGUGAUGACGGCGAAGCUUGACGAUUCAGCCCGCGCAAAGGUCGACGCAAGCUUGCGGUGGUUUGAGCCCGAGUUGAACCCAGCAUAUCAAAAGACCGCUGCUAACAACGCAGCCGACGUCUCGUGGGCGAGCGACUACAUCUUUGGCGAAAUAUCAUUCAGCGCACAGCGAGUACUACUCUUCAUCCGAUCGAUGAUCAAAAACCCGGACAUUGUUGUCCUCGACGAAGCCUUCAGCGGCAUGGACGAAGGUGUCAGAGACAAGUGCAUGCUCUUCCUCUCUUACGGCGAGGCAAAGACGUACGCGCACAGCACGGGGCAACUCACCGGCCAAGGCGGCUCCAGCUCGGCCACGGGGACUGAAGUGGUCGACAGUGAGCAAGCAAAAGCCGAGAAUGUGAAGGUCCUUGGCCUGUCAGAGCAGCAGGCUCUGAUCUGCAUCAGCCACAUCAAGGAGGAGGUGCCCGGCACCGUGCGGGAGUGGUUGUGUCUGCCCGAGGCGAAUUCUCAUCAGCCAGCGAGGUUUGGGCGGCUGGACGGCCCGCUGCGGACGGAUGCCAGGAGGUGGAGCGAGAUUUGGAAUAUCGGAAGGAUUUAA